GUGCCCGUUGCCCUUGCCGUCGGUGUCGCCCAGGCCAGCAUUUACGAUGUGCCCGGAGGCUACCGUGCCGUCAUGUUCGACCGCUUCUCGGGAGUGGGGAACACGGCGAAGCCGGAGGGAACUCACUUCCUCGUUCCAUGGCUCCAGCGUGCCAUUCUGUAUGAUGUCCGCAUAAAGCCUCGGAACAUUUCAACAACGACGGGGUCCAAGGACCUUCAAAUGGUCACUUUGACGCUCCGUGUUCUUUCCAGGCCCGAUAUCGACAAGCUUCCGCGUAUUUACCAGUCGCUCGGCAUGGACUACGACGAGCGUGUCCUCCCAUCUAUCGGCAACGAAGUGCUCAAGGCUAUUGUCGCACAAUUCGACGCCGCCGAGCUCAUUACUCAACGUGAGGUAGUCAGCUCGCGUAUACGCGCGGACCUGCUGCAGCGUGCCGGCGAGUUCGGCAUUACUCUUGAGGACGUGUCGAUUACGCACUUGACCUUCGGCAAGGAAUUCACCCAAGCCGUCGAAGCCAAGCAAAUAGCCCAACAGGACGCUGAGCGGGCGCGUUUCGUUGUUGAGAAGGCUCAACAAGAGAAACAAGCCGCCAUCAUUCGCGCUGAGGGUGAAGCCGAAGCGGCUGCCAAAAUCUCGAAAGCUCUCUCCACUGCCGGCGAGGCAUUCAUCACCUUCCGCAGAAUCGAAGCCGCCAAGGCCAUCGUCGGCUCGCUCUCGCAGAACGGCAACGUCACCUACGUGCCGAGUAGCAACGGGAACGUUCUCCUUAACAUACCUACCCAGAAGUAA